AUAUCCUUCUACAUAUAUUCACAAUUUGUAGGUAGUACAAGAACUGAAAAAUAAUUUUUGGUUGCCAGUAUACCUGUAGUCGUUGCACUGAUCAGUCGAUAGUUUUGUGAUAAAUUAUUUCUCAAGUGAAUUAAAUUAUUAACCAUGGGACGUGAUUCUAGAAAGGUUUCAAGAGAACUUCGGAGUUCUGAAAAAAUUAAUAAGUCGCGUUCAGUCAAAAGAAAGAAUGUUUUUAAUCCGAAAACAGCCGAACGUGAUGAAAGUAUUCAGAGUACAUCUUCUAAAAAAUUAAAACAAAACACUGAAGAUGAUGUACCUGAAGACAGCAGUACUGAAUUUCGAAUAAUAAAUUUUAUUCAGGUAUUCACUGCAAUUUCUGCUCUUAUAAAAUGUAAAAAAUGUGAUGGAAAUGUAGUGUUUCAAACAGCAAGUACACGUGGGCUGGGAUUCAAAAUUGUAGUUGCAUGUAAUAACUGUGGAAAUGAAUAUAUUCCUUCCUGUUGAAAAUAUGAAAUCUGCUAUAAUGGCAACCUUUUAUCACUACGGCUCGAGUGAUGAAAAACCGAAUCAUGAUAUGUGUCCAAAAGGCGAAGAAUCUUGGUGCUCUUACCAGCGCGCUGAAGCAAGAGGAGAGCUUGAUACCUUUUCUCACGAUUAUUCUCCUUUACCUUCUGAUGUUUUAAAAGCUAUCAAGCCUAUAUACGAAGAUCUUAGUAAUGAAAAUUUACUUUCAAGAUGUGUAGGUGGAUUCAAUCAGAAUAAUAAUGAAAGCUUUAACCAACUAGUAUGGAAAAUAUGCCCAAAAACGGUAAAUACUAGUUUUACUAUCGUACAAAUAGCUGCAUACGUUGCUAUGUGUAUAUUUAAUGAGGGUAUAAAUUCAUUAUUAGUCUUGAUGAAUACACUAGGACUUAAUUGUGGGCCUAAUUCUCAUCGGUAUGCAGAAAGAAUGGAUGCUGCACGUAUCAAAGUAGCAGAUAAGCGCGCUAAUGAUAACACCCGAGAAGGUCGAUUGCAACGUAGGCACCAGCAAAUCGAUAUUUUGGAAGCUGCUAUGUCGGCUGAAGAGCUAUUAUAUGGUCCAGGAAUAGAUGACUCAGUAUGAAUCUCCAAGGACUUAUGAUGAUCACCGCAAAGGACUUCGGGAGGAACGGGCUCUACAAAAACAGCGAUAACUUUUUGAAUUAUUAAUUUUUUUUUUUGAAAUUUUCGUGAAGUCAAAUCGAAACGUGUUCUAAUAAAGCUAUGUUUUUAUUUUUGUCAAAUAAAGUAAUUAACUACAAAAAAAAAAUUAUUGAAAAUCAUCAUUUUUUCAUACCCCUGAG